AUGAUGGUGUUGUGGGUUACACUGCUCGUUCUUCAUCAAGGAUAUGCUGUAAUUCCAGUGAGGCCAGUUCGACUUGGUGAACCUACAAGUUUCACAUGUGAUCUGCCGGGCACUAAAAUCACCCGUAGCGAAGUCUACUGGUACAAGCAGAGUCAAGGGGAAACGCUAAAGCUGAUUGUGAAAGUGACUCUAUCACAGCGUAAACCAUCAAUUUUUAAGUUUGCACCAGAGUUUUCUGACUCAGGAAUUAAAGUUCAAGAUGAAACAACUUUUAUCAGCCUGACCAUCCCGAGGACAACCCAAGAAGAUGAAGGAAUCUAUCACUGUGCGAUCUUGGAUUGGGCUUUAAAUAUUAAAUGGAGUGGGACGUAUUUGAUGGUAAAAGGAAACACUGAGAGGACAUCAAACUAUACUGUUGUUCAGACAGCAUCAGAUCCAGUCCGUCCAGGAGACUCAGUGACUCUGCAGUGUUCGGUCCUCUCUGACUCUAGAAAUAAGACGUGUUCAAGAGAUCUCAGUGUGUUUUGGUUCAGAGCUUCAUCAGAAAAAUCUCACCCAGACGUCAUCUAUGCUGAUGGAAACAGAUAUGAUGACUGUGAGAAGAAAGCUGACAUUCAGAGGAGAUGUGUGAAUCGCUUCUUUAAGAGCAUCAGCUCCUCUGAUGAUGGGACCUACUACUGCGCCGUGGCCACAUGUGGACAGUUAUUAUUAGGAAAUGGAUCCAAACUGGAAAUUGAGCAUCCAGAAUGUUCCAAAUUCAUCCUGGUGAUAACAAUAAUCUGUUUGGUCAUAUCUGGGAUUGUUAACAUUUUUCUAAUCUGUUACCGACUUCCAAGAGCAGCUUGUGAACAUUGUAAAGGGAUAGAAAGCACCUCUUCACGAAGCAGACAUGACAACUUGAGUCAGAAUGGAGAUGAUAUUGCUGAAGGUGGAAAUGAUCUGAACUAUGCUGCAUUAUAUUUCUCUGAAGCAAAACCAAAGAGAGGAAGGAGGAAGAAAAAGCUGAAUACUGAAGAAAGUCUGUAUUCUCAGGUCAAAUCCUAAAAAUCUAAUCUUUAUGAAAAUAUACUGAUAUUGCCAUUCUACGUUGAAAAUAAAUAAUGACAAAACAUUUAUUCAUACUAUUGUCAGCUAUCAAUUUUAGGAUGAAAAUAGAAUAAAUCAUUUCAUACGUUCUCAUUAAAUUGUCUAUAUCUAUCUUACAUUUGUUCUUAUUUACCUGUGUUUGCUUUUGCUUGUAUCUUGUCAUACAUUUUUUUGCCUGCAUUUUUAUUGUUUAUGC